AUGAUGCUCAAAACGAUUCCUUUGAUCCUCAUUAUUUGCUUUACGCUAGUUCUGAGGCUGAUAUUCUCCCGUCUCCCGAACACGGCCCUGGAUACAGAAGAAGAAUAUGUCGACGAGGUUCCAAUCGCAAUUGUCGUUCCAACUACAAUGGACAAUAAUUCCCAUGGCGAUUCUUCUUCUGACCACACCACCGGAAGAAAUAUGCCAGUUCGUCCAAAAAGUAACAGCAACCUCUCUCCCGAAGACUCCUUUGCUGCAUGUCUCAUGUGGUUGGAUGACUACAGCUCGCUCAAUGAAUGGAUCGCUUACCAUUAUCAGGUUUUGCCGCUGCGAUACCUCGUCUUCUUGAGAGAUGUACCAAGCCAACUCGAUCCCACUCCCAUCUUGGACAAAUGGAAGGAACUUAUCCAAAUCGAAUACUGGACAAGCUAUCGUGAUUUCAUGACAAAUAAAACGUACAAGUAUAUUAGAAGGCGGAAACGAGCAAGUCGGUACGUUGCGAUACAAAAGGAAUUCUACAGAGGCUGCCUUGUCCAUGCCCAAGCGAACAAUCGGACGUGGACGAUGGUUCAUGAUACAGAUGAAUUCGUCGUUCUCAAUAACAAAAUUGUGCCAAAUGCCACGAGCCGAAUGGAAGAGCACGGGAUCGUAUUGGAGGUAGUGAAAAAGGCCCAUGCGAAGGAUCCCUCUGUGGGUGUCACGGGUCAAACAAAUGUGAAAUGGUUCGCGAAUUGCACAGGGAUGGCCAAGGUCCAAUAUACGUCAUUUGAAAGUACGCCGGAGGAAGUAACGAAGGGUGUUCCUUAUUCGUUCGUAGAUCCCUAUCGGUUCUUGACCCACCGUUUCCGCCACAAAGACGCCAAGGGCCUCAUCGGGAAGACGAUGGUGGAUGUAUCCAAAUUUGAUUUGAGCGAGAAGACCUGGCAUGACUUCCAUUCACAUUCUCUGAUCCGAGGAGAAUGUUUUGGGGAAUGGGGUGAAAGGCACGACUUGCUGGAAGUGAAUCAUUACCUUGGGUCGUAUGAACGGUUUCAACGGCCAUCCGACUUUCGCAUUGGUACGAAUCGUACCAACAGAUUUUACCACCUCAACAAGCAAGCCAUAGACAGGAUGUCCAUGCAGCACCUCGACCAAGGCGAUGUCAUCCGGCCUUGGUUGCAAGGAUUUGUGAAACAUUUCGGCGAAGAGAACAGCAACUAUUUGUUGUCGGAUGUUGGAUCGCCGUACAACAGGGACACGGCCCUUCCGGUUUUGGAUUCGUCUCCGGAAUCGAUACAAAACGCCAGGUCCGUACUAACGUCAAUACUGUAA